AUGGUGAGAUAAUUCUGCUUUAAAUCGUAUGCUAAUUUAUUACUUCAGAUAAUUCUGCAGUUUCAUCAUCCUUGGAAAAAUAUGUAUAUGUCGUCCACGGAAUUCCGACCGAAAUUGGUCGAUUAGAGGUGAUGAAUUCUGUUCUAUUUUAACUUCAAAAUUUAAAGAAUCGGAAUCAGCAACCAAGACUAUCGAGCACGCAAAAAUAGCGAAGAAAUUACUCGCAAGAGUAUGAGGUUAGACUACACGUUCGACAAUUACUGAAAAAUCGUUUCUUUCAGAGACUUCUAUGAUUCAAGCAUCACUGCUUCGGGGAGACCAUUUCGGACUCCUCAGGUCUUAUGGUCUUAUGUCCACGCUGCGACUCAGUGUCAGGUCGUUCUCAAUUCGACAUGGCGCUUUGUUUGUUUACUCAAUAGUAUUUUUUAACUUGCAAAUUUGAAGAAUCGGCAUCAAUCAAAGCUAUCGAGCACCGAAAAGUAG